AUGGUAGAUAUGAGAUUCAUAUCAGAUCAUCUGAAUCUCCUUGUGUUCGGCUUGAUCCUCUGUACCGCAAUUCCUCAUCGACAUGCACAGACAUUAGACCAUGUAUGGUUUCCACCCGCCAACUUUACCAACUGUUAUCAGCAAGGUGAAUUCAAUGUGUCGGCCGUUACUCGAUAUUUCAAUGUCAAGACAUCCAGUUACCAUCUCAAUUUCACUAGCACAUCCAAUGUCAUUGUGAAUAAUUUAAAUCAGCAGGGAUCAACAUCAUCUGCUUCUAUGUUUGAAUUAAGGUUUGGAUUUCAAACACUUCAAGCACCAGCCCAACAAUUCUGCCCUGAUACAUCCACAGGCUGUCCUAUCCAGCCCAACAAAAACUUUAGCAUUCAAAGGUCGUUUAACCUUUCUGAUAUUCCUCUAUACCCAUUGGCCGACAUCACAGCACAAUACUCAGCUAUCGACGCAGACUCCAAACAUCUUGUUUGCAUCAGACUUGCUCCUGUUGGCUACCAACAUCCCACAUGGCAAAAGAUCUUUACAUUCUUACCUGUUGGGUUGACAUUUGCUGCUGCUGUUCUGUCAUUGAUAGCUUCAUUCACCAUCUUUCACCAAGGAGGAGAGCAUGAUGUGUUUCUAUUGAGCUCCAAUUAUGCCAUGUUGCCUGGCGUGUUGCGAUUAAAGACACCUGGUUUUUUCGAUCUGGUAUUUUACGCCCAAUUCAUUGUCAUUGCAGGUCAAUUCAACAUUGAUUAUCCUCGUUUUCAUGCUUUAUUCACGUCCAAUUUCUCCUGGAGCUUUCUACUAUUUGAGUCGAGAUGGCUAGACAAUAUCAUCCACAGCAUAUUUCAGUCUUCAUCAUCGCCUAUUCAAGACAUGGCAACUAUUCCAAGAUACAGCAUCUAUAAAAGACAGUUGGCUGAUGCAGCUACAAAUACAACAGCACAUGAGACCAACAACGGUGUGGAUGUGUCUGGUACAGGCAUGCUAGAUUUUGCAACUGCAUCUGGCAUUGACAUCAAUGCGCUUUUCUUUACGUUUCUCGUCUACACACUUACUAUCAUUGCAUCCUGCGCACUGCUAUGCUUCAUCACAUGGGCCGUGCUAUACACCGCUGGUAAGCUUCAAAAGCGAGAGAGGCUGAUCGUCAUGUCACAAAAGAUGUGGGAUUUCUCAGUAGGCAUUCUUGUCCGUAUUGUCAGCUUGCUCUACCUGCCGAUUCUGACCAUAUCCUUCUAUCAAUUGAUGAUCCCGUCUUACUGGUACAUUACACUCUCUGCUGCCAUAUUUCUGGUGGCGCCCUUCUUGUUGUAUGGACUCAUCAGCAUCAAAUUACUGCAAAUUCGACCUGCAUCGUUCAUUUACACCGAGUUGAAACUGCUGCUACGAUUUGGAUCGCUGUACAAUCAAUUCACGGACGAUACAUUUCACUUUUACCUCGCUAUCAUUGUCUACAAAUCCUUGACGGCAGCCAUGAUUGGGUUAUUUCAAACUAGCGGACUGGCUCAAUUGAUACUUGUCAUUAUCGCAGAAAUCGCAUUGACAUUGGGGUUGUAUUUCAAGCAGCCGUACGCAGAUAGUCAAGUCAACAUGUUUCAUGUCGUCUUUGGAUGCAUCAAGACGGCUGUAUUGCUGCUGAAUAUAGGCUAUCUUCCAAGCGUCCAGGCAACUACCAUGUCAAAGCAAUACGUAGGCUAUGUCCAGAUGGCCAUUCACUGUUUAGCCUUCUUUCUAUUCAUGCUGUUUUUGAUCAAGGAUAUUAUCAUCAUUGCAACAGGUCUUGGAGACGAUGAAUUGGAUGAAUCAGGCAGACCUCCAGCGCGCAUGGUCAUGUGGAGAAAGCGAAAGAGAAGCAACAGACCGCCCAUUGCCUCUUAUUUGGGCAGUAGUUCUGCUGAUUUGAUGACCAUGUCCUCUAGAUCCAGAUCUCAAAGUGCUAGUUUCUACAUGAAUGGCGGCGAUUCUUCAAAUCAGCUGCGAAAUUCCAACCGACUCACUAUGAACUCUCCGACGCUCGAAAUGCUUGCCAACUAUUACAGCGGCACCAACAAUCCCAGUAGUAGCAACAAUACGUCCAACAUGAAUGUAGCUGUACUCAAGCCUGACGAAAUUAAGCGCCAGAGCAACCCUAUUCUGGCAUCUGCGUCCAUUCUACCAACAGUAGCUGUCGAUGACAGUACACUCCCUCCUCCUCCUCCUCCUCCUCCUCCGGCUAUUAGAGACUAUCACAAUCGCUCUAGAGCAGGAUCUUCAUCAUCGAAUACGAUACCAGUUAUUAUACCACCACCUGUGAUUAAUACCUACCGAGCUCAAACACACAUCAGUACAGGCGAGGACGAUUACAUCAGCCAUCGAGUGACACACUACAAAAUCGACGACGACAUUGUUCCUAGCUCUGAACCGCUCAUGGCUUCCAUCAAUGACGCUUUGCAGAAGCAAAGCCAACAAUCUACUACAGAAACUCAUACACAUAAACCUCCCCCACCCCCUUUACCAAAACAUCAAAUCAAGCCACUGCCCAAAAACGAUUCCAACAUAUCUUCCAUAUACUCCCCUCCUCAUCAGGCGUCACCCACGAGUGUAGUCAUACAAGAUGAGAUAUAG